CUCUCAGUGUAGGACAACACUGAUUAAACACAAUGGGAAAGAUCAUCUUCUAUGAAGACAAGAACUUUCAGGGCCGCUCCUAUGAGUGCACUAGCGACUGUGCUGACCUGCACUCUCCUUUCAGUCGCUGUAACUCUAUUCGGGUUGAAAGUGGAAACUGGAUGGUAUAUGAGCGGCCACACAUUAUGGGUUACCAGUACUUUCUGCACCAAGGCGAAUAUGCUGACUACCAACGGUGGAUGGGUUUCAAUGAUUGUGUCAGAUUCUGUCGAAUUAUACCCCAACACCAGGGAUCCUACAAAAUGAUGAUCUAUGAACGUCCAGACUUUGGUGGUAAGAUGAUGGAGUUCACUGAUGACUGUCCAUCCCUUUAUGAUCGAUUCCAUUAUAAUGAUAUCCAUUCUUGCAAUGUUCAAGAUGGAUACUGGAUCUUCUACGAGCACCCUAAUUACAGAGGCAGACAAUACCUCCUGAGACCUGGCGAAUACAGGAGAUACAGCGACUGGGGUGCCAUGAGCUCGAGUUAGUUAUAUCAGACGUAUUACCUUGUGAAACUGAAAGGCAAGAAAUAGGUCUGGAAUGAAAUAACCUAUGCAAAUAACCUUUUCUUUUCUGAUAUUACUAUUGGAAAAUAAAUUACAACAUAAUUUACAGAAACAUUUACGGCAGUCAGUUUUUGGAAAACAGUGGCAGUUGGUUCUUACUCCAAUCUACUUUAAGUCAAAUUUGACACCAAUUAGGUAGGCUGAUAUUAUUUUCUGUCCUCUACAUUUAACACAAAGCUGUGUAACAUUCUAUUGUACUUUACCACUUUUGUUAUGUUUUGUCAGAAUGUACUUUCACUCUGCCUAUAUUUGACGUCAAGAAACUGCGAAUUGUUUUUGUUUACACAUCAAAAUAAUAAAUGUGAACUUUACAUCUGGGUAUCUGGGUGUGUUGACCACUUAAAACAGCCUGUUCUCAUUUCUCAUUCAUGAUCAAAUAAAGCAGAGGCUACAAACCAAAUUGCUAUAUUAUUUACAGCAAUUUCCAAAGCAACACAUCCAAAACAACUCCUCUAUCACAAAACCAAGGACACAAAGGCAAGCUACAGGGGAACAUGAAAGCUUUAGAUAAAUGGAAACAAUAACUGAGUAGAAGGCUGAAGGGGCUAAGGGGUCUUUCACUGUCACUGACAGCAACAGUGC